GCAAAUUCACUCCAGCCUCUCACAGCUCAUCCAUUUUCUUUCUGCCUGAGAGAGUGAGAGCAGUGCACGUGCAGCAAAGCGGCCACGGCAACAUUAGCUUUGCUGCACCCUAGUCUUUGUGGGUGUAUGAAACAGUGUGUGGGAGGAAGAAGGGAGGUGGGGGCACAGGUAUAUGAGUGGGCUAGAAGUCAGGGACUGCCACAAACUGUUGAUUGUAAAGUCAGUCAGCCAACGUGACUGUUGAAGGUAAGCUCGCCUCUGUGACUGCACUUCCUCUGCCAAACAGUCACUCUCACUUCUGCACAACACUUUGUGCUAGCCUUAAAUCCUUCCAUGUGCGCUCAGGGCCUCUGUGCUCUUUCACUAUGUGUAAUCUAUGUUUUCAACUUCUCCUCCGGAAGUCUUAGUUAGAGAGCUACACACCCACCCAGCCAGCCCCCACUCUCCUCCUCUCUGCAUCACCACUUUCAUAGUACAUCUUUUUUUCUCUCAUUUGCAUUUCUUCCGCUUCCUCAACAAGAAACUGUUCACGUGAAAUAUCUGUGAGAGACAAUCAGACUGGAGCACACGGCCUUGGAUGACAAGAUGGAUUGACAGCAGCAGGAGCCCUGAGGAUGGGGCUGUUCACUGCAGAAGACUAAGCUGGAGGACUGUUGCUAAUUGAAGUGCAAAGUACAAAAGGUGACUUUACCCUUUGAUUAGAUUACUGCACAAAUAUGACAGUCUGUCAGGAGACCAAGCUGCCUCAUUCUACUGUUAACAUCAAGGGAUUGCCAUUUACUUGGUGCAGACUGGAGAGAGAACAACCGCUAAUGUCAGCAGACACAUUUUAUUUGGGUUAUAUGAAAGCCUCUGAUCUGAUUCCCUCAUCCUUCUCUUGAUGUAAUUAGAGACCUGGCACUAGUGCAUCACGACAGCAGCAGGGUUACCAUGGAGACUGGCAGGCCAGGAUUGGCGAGUGCUCCAUUGCACAUCAGCUCCAUCGCAGCGCAGACAGAGAAAAGGAUGGAGGUCCAGGCCCCACUGACGGCUAUUUACAUCCACACAGCACAGCCUGCAGCGGCCCAAGAGCCAGCCACACUCCAGCUGACCAUGCCGCCACUUUAUUCCAAGGAGACGCUUCCGUUUCUGACACUUCAUAUUGCUGGAGGACUGCAGUCUCAGCUGGGAUUGAGUCUGCCGGCUGCCGCUGCUACACCCAGACCCAAGUCAGCAGGAAAGCACAUGUGUCCUCACUGUGGACGGGACUGUAUGAAGCCCAGUGUACUGGAGAAGCAUCUCCGCUGCCACACUGGGGAGCGGCCUUACCCCUGCACCACUUGUGGCGUUUCCUUCAAGACUCAGAGUAACCUCUACAAACACAAACGUACUCAGGCUCAUGCCCGCCUAUCGUCGGAAUCAGAGCAGAGCAGCGUAGACAACAUGUCCAGCUCCAGUUUGUCUCUAGAUGAGCACAGCAAGAAGUCCGGCAGCAUGGAAAACGAUGCCACACUACCUGCUGCAGAGAUCACCUGUACAGCCAGUGCUGCAAACGUCUAUUCUGUAAAGACACAACGUUCUGGCUGUGAACAGAAUGUGAUGACCCCAGCAGGUCAGAAAACAGAAGCAAAUGAAAGAGAAGGAGACAAACAAAAGAUGGCAAAUGAAACCCCCUUGCUGACCGCCAGUCGACAUCUUCCCCUUCAAAGACAAGAAGCCACUCGGUUCUCCAAGCAGUGGGAGAGCUCUGAAUCUACAAGAAAAUCCCAGAGCCACGAGAGCACAGACUCAGGCUUCAGUGAGAGCAGUGACCACUACCCGAGCCCUGGCAGCGUUUUACUUGACCACAGUAUGGAUUCCGUCACAGAGUCUACUAAGGAGCAUCUUAAAGAAACCCCCAGCCCACAAACACCUUUGGCCCCAAGCCAGGGUGGACAGGAACCCAAAUACAUUGCAACGGAGCAGGAGCAGAAUACACUGGAGGAGCGAAUAUCUAAGCUGAUUUCAGAAAAUACAGCUGUUGUGGAGGACAAACAGCUGGAGAAUGUAAGGCCACGGAAGACGGUUCUGUCAAAGCAGGGUAGCAUUGACCUCCCCAUGCCGUACACGUACAAGGACUCCUUUCACUUUGAUAUGAGGAUCAGUAAGACUCCCAAUGGUGGGUUACAAAGAAACAGGAAGCAUGACUUCUACAGCUCUGUGCCCACUCAGCACUCCAACGCCAUGGAGCAUGCUCCCCUGACCCGCAGCAACUCCCUGCCUUUCAGUGUCACCCUCCUGCAGCCUGAGAGGAGCGGCCCAACCUCCUACUAUCACAGGGAUUAUGUAACACUUGGGCAGAGGGGAAGCUCCGGCCACAUCAAUCCAACAGGUUUCUCAAUCAAGCCUGUAAACCAGCAUUCAUCGACCCAUCGCCCACUGGUCCGGCAGACGGCCGUAGACGGCAACCACGCAACAGACGGUCUCUUUGUGAAUUCAUCUGUGGAGGAGGCGUGCACCAGCAGUCUCAGCUGCGAUGGGGACGGUGGUGACAUUUGUGGAGAGCCAAGCAACAGAAAGUUUCGGAGGAAGAAAGCUCAGAAGUUUGCGUACAACAAGUGGUAUAUGUACGGGGGAGGGACAUUUAAGAAGCUGUACAGUGCUGAGAAAGGUGGUGAUGACAGUGUUAUCAAAGGCAGGAAAUGUAUGACAAACCCACUUCCCGAGGUUGUUCAGGGACUGCAAAAAGUGCAUAAGGAGACAGUUACAACAAUCUCCUACAACAGCAGCAGUGCCACUCUGUGUCAUCCAGGCUGCCCUCCUGCCAAACUAUCUCUGGUCUCUGCUGGGGAUUUGAAUCUAAUUACCAGCCAGCUUCAGGCAUCAUGCAGCUCUCUUAAGUCUCCACUCCAGAGAAACCUGUCUUUGUCAAUACUGCCAUUAUCUUCAAUGGGAUCAUCGGUUAGCCACCAAACAGACAGCAUGAACAGAGCAGAACCUGGGAGAUUGAUUGAAGAAAAACAUACUGACUUGCCCUUGCAGCUAUCUGGAGCCCAUAAUCCCUCUGACAAGAAAAAGCAGAAAACUGAUGACAAAACAAUUUGCCCUCUGGAGAUUAAAACCAACCCAAACACACCAACUCAUCCCCUUUCCUCUGUCACUGGCAGUGGGCCUCAGCAGGACACAAAUCUCAGUUAUAUCAACCUUCAAAAACAUACUCAGUUAAAAGCAGCUCUCUUCCCAACAUGCAUAAUCAAUGCAAAUACACCAUCUGUUAGCACUUCGCCAGCUACUUCCACGUCCUCCCCUGCCAAGGCAAGCUUCCUACCCAAGUACCAGCUCAGGUUACCUAAUACUGCAGAACCUGAUUCAAAUCCUUCACCGCAUGUUGUGGAUAAACAAACGGGAACUUUCACAUCUGCUCUGUCAUCAUCUCAAGCCUCACCCUUGUUCAAAACGUCUAAAUCUGUCACCUCACCGUUGAUGCAGACUUGUGAUGUCAAAAAGAUAAAUUCUUCUAGCACACAAGACCAGCUGCUCUUGCCUUGCAAAGCCACAACCGUGUAUCAGGCUAAAACAUCAAGACUAAGUUCAAAUGCUGUAGAGCACAGGCAAUUUGCAGCAAAUACAAUAACCACAUCCUGCCUACAAAAUGAUCAGGCAGGACUAUGCAGCACUUUAAUACACACCUUGAAAUCUACACAGAGCUCAGAGCCUAUGCAGUUACCCAGACCUUGGAACAUCCCUGCAACACCUACCAUAACCACAGCAAACAGUAAAAUGUCUGCUGCUGACAUUGCAACUUUCUCACAAGGUCUAACUAACCCUAAUCCCCCUUUGUCCCACACACAGUCGCCAGCAUCAGACCAUUUGAGCCCUCUAAACAGUGCAUAUGGCAGCUCAAACACUCCGCUCGUUCCUUGUCACAUUGUGCCGUAUAACCAGAUGCAGCCGGAUGCUCAGAACGUGUUUCAUGUUCACACAGCAGACCUCCAGAUCUGCCUCCAAAUCAUAUCUGACGAGCAGCUGGCUCUCAUGGAACCCCAAAUUGAGAGGCAAGCAGGUAGCGCACUCUCACAGAGACAGGAUGUGAAAGCAGUGGCCCCGGAAGUGACCCAGAAUGACGCUCAAAGCUCUGUCACCAUGGGAAGUAGCAAUGAUGGAAGUGACCAUCUCCAGCAAGAACAUCAACAGCAUGGUAACCAAAGUGAGUCUUUACCCACAGAUACCAUGGAGAGAAAAAAUCCUCAAAUGUCUGCACAAAUUGGGAAGAAAGAGACAAAUCUCACCCUGACUAAAGACAGUAUUCCCACUCAGGCUACAGCAUCAGCUCAAUCUACACCUGCUGAGGCACUUGGCGCGUCGAUACGCCCACACCAGUACGCUCAUGGGAACACGUUCACUGUGACUCAGAGCUCUACGGACAAUAUGUCAACUGCUGCUUUACUCAAAGGGGCAAAGUCAGGAAGGAGCCACACUUCAGAGGAGGAACUUCCCCUUUUGCUGAACCGUUGUGCUGAGGAGCAGCCUUUGCGGGACAGAAGGGUCAGCCAAGGUGGACUGAUCUCUCAAACACUCUCUGGCCAACACAAGCUCAGCGGGGCCUCUCUCUCUUGCUUUAAAAAUCAAGCAGCUUCAUGUAAUGUAGGCACAAUGAAAGCCACAGAAAGUGGAGAGACCCACCCCCCUCUUCAGGUCGGCCUCAGUCAGGCCUGUGCUGAGGGUGCUGAUGAACUCUCGGGGGCAGUUUCUUCAAUUUCCAUCAAUAAAUUUCAAGCUUCAAGGCAGCUAAACUCCCAAGCAACCACCUACGGCAGUAAUUCAGUGGAAUUGACAUUGUCAGAGGCAAACAUUUCAAUGAAACAUCCAAACAUGGGAUGUGACAGGGCGCAACAUUCAGAGGAUUUCCAGGAAAUGACUCUAAGUGAAUUACAGGAUUCAAACAGUUCAACCCACUCAGAAAAACAACGUGCUCACUUUAUUUCAGUGUCUUCUAACGUCAGGUUAGAAAGACCCGAAGACAUCCCAGCUGUGCUCACAAGUAUUCAGAGCGCUCCUGCAGGUAACUAUUUGACUAUUUUAAUUAUGCAAAGUGAACACUUUGUGUCUUAUGUUCCCCCCGAUUCUGGGAUAAUGACCCUAACCAUACAGUUUACACAUGGCACCCAACUGCAAAGGGCCCCUGAAGCCUGA